AUGAAAGUCCUGACCGUAUCCGAUAAGGUCGCGAGUGUAGGAGAUGGAAACGAACCGACUGUGGUCGACACGCAGACCCUGACUAAGGAGGAACUGAACAAAGGAUGUCCUCUUGGUGUUUCUCGUGUCACUCCAUUUCUGUACGUGUGUGGAGCCCACGCAUUGCCGGGUGCAGUGAGAGUCCUGCACCCUGGUCUCAUCGUUAGUGCAGCUCCUGAGCUGCCUCCUCCGCCUGAAGACUAUGUUCCCAGAACGUUUGUGCCUCUUCUCGACACACCUAAUUCCGAUAUGCACCCGUACAUGGAGAGUGUAGCUGACCUGAUUAAUGAGGUCAUCUGCAAUGGGGAUGUGGUGCUGGUUCAUUGCGUUGCUGGUAUAUCUAGAUCAGUUACUCUCUGCUUGGCGUACCUCGUGAAAUGGCAGAAGAUGACCUUGAGGGACGCCUAUUAUCAUAUGAAGCAAAGACGACCACAAAUCCGACCCAACACGGGCUUCUUCAAGCAGCUCAUCAAGUUCGAAGAGAGGCUUUUCGGAGAACCUUCGGUGAAGAUGGUUUACUGCGAAGCUAUUGAUAAAGAGAUACCUGAUGUAUACGAGGCUGAUUAUAUCGGCAUGACUUGGUUCAGGCAGAGAUACGGACCCAUCGAGAAGAGUUGA